CCAAAAACGAUGGCGGUAGUGAGUCGUAUCCCCAGUAUUUCCCCCCUCUGUGAUCCACGAAGAAGAGCGACGACUUCGACAUGGCGGAAUCAGAGCAGCAGUCAGGAGCCAUUUCUGAGGAUAAAGCACUUGAGAUUACAAUGCCCUUCAUGGUACCCAAGAAAGAAAUUAGCAUGGUGCCCGACAUGGCCAAGUGGAAGCGGUCUAAGGCUUAUGCUGACUACAUGGGAUUCAUUCUGACUCUUAAUGAAAGUGUGAAAGGAAAGAAGCUAACUUGUGCUUAUAAAGUGUCUGAGACGGUGGAGAAGUUACUAGAUCUUUUGGACACUCUGGACCGAUGGAUAAAUGAGACCCCUCCUGUUGACCAGCCAUCCCGCUUUGGAAAUAAAGCCUUCAGAACCUGGUUUACUCAAUUAGACCAGGAUGCAGAAGCCUUGGUAUCAGCAUUGCUACCUGCUGACAAACAAUCUGCAGCUCCAGAGAUCGCCGUCUACCUGAAAGAGUCUGUGGGAAACUCCACCAGAAUAGACUACGGAACAGGUCAUGAAGCUGCUUUUGCUGCAUUCCUUUGCUGUCUCUGCAAAGUUGGAGCUCUUAAAGUAGAUGAUCAGCUGGCUAUUGUUUUCAAAGUUUUUAAUAAGUAUCUCUCAGUGAUGCGGAAACUUCAGAGGACCUACAGAAUGGAACCAGCAGGAAGCCAAGGUGUAUGGGGCCUGGAUGACUUCCAGUUUCUACCUUUCAUAUGGGGUAGCUCACAAUUUGUUGAUCACCCAACCCUAGAACCUCGGCACUUUGUUGACGAGAGAGUGGUAAAUGAACAGCGGCAAGACUACAUGUUUCUGGAGUGCAUCAAGUUCAUAAAUGAGAUGAAGACGGGUCCCUUUGCUGAGCACUCCAACCAGCUGUGGAACAUCAGUGCUGUUCCUUCCUGGUCAAAAGUUAACCAGGGUCUAAUUAGAAUGUACAAAGCUGAGUGUUUGGAGAAAUUUCCUGUGAUCCAGCACUUCAAAUUUGGAAGCUUGCUGUCGAUCCAGCCAUUAAAGCCUUGACACUCAUGAAUGAAUCCAAGGAACAUGAUGGAACGGCCACAAUCCCAGCACAUCAGAUCGAUCAUUUUCCCUUUGUCGAACAUCCUACCGUGGAUCUGCAGCACUCCACUUACGGACACGAGCACCAUUUUCCCAAAUGUGGUCGGACCUUGCAUUGAAAUGCAUCAGCACCUUACUGCACUUCGUUCUGAAAUUACAAUGAUCCAUAUAAUCCAUACUUGUUCAUUCCCGUCAUGUUCCAGGCUUACCAAAUUGGAAGAAAAAGGGUGUGAGGUCCUUCACUGGUGCACUCCCAACUACAUCCAGAUGUUUGAAUCAAUGGCAAUGGAUUGUGCUUGCAUACAUGUAAGACUUGCCAGUUUUGGGCCUGAGCACUCAGAUUUUGUAUUAGCUGUGUAUAGGGUCUAAAUUGUCCAUCUGUUGUGUAUUUGUUAUUUUCUGAUCAUGUUUGUAUUGUUACUGUAUUUAUAUCCUGGAUAAACUUUGGAUCAGACUCUGCUAUAGAGGGGAGGGAAUGAAAUGUUUUGUUGUUGCUUUUAAAUGAAUGCUUGAGUUGCCUUCAGAUUUGCAUUCUUUAGAGCAGGUGAUGACAGAAAUUGCCAGAGUUUAGGUAUUCUCAUUGUAUUGCUUUCAAAGCCAAAUGCUUGCGUGUGUGUAUGUUUUUUGUAUGGAUUGUCCCAUCAUCUUAACAUCUUAGGUGCGCAAUAAGUAGUCAUGAAUAAGGAGGCAUGAUAAUGAUUGGUUCCUCAGUUUAUUUUAAUGGUAGAUGAAAAUGUAGCACAUCAAACCUGGACUGAAGAAACAGCUCUAUCUCUGAUCUGUAACUAAUAAUGUCCUCAUCUCACCUUACAAGCAGAUAUCUAUAUUUUUUUGUUCAGAUAACUUAGGCCUGAUUGUUGCCCAUAUACUGAUUUAAUAAACUUGCGUGUCUGCACCU